AUGCGCCGCCUAGAACAAGCCGAGAGAUCCCAAGACCAGCAGCAAAAUGUCGAGGAACCUGCUAUCACUGGAAUGUUUUCCCGUCAGCAAAAUACAUUUGAUGAACCUCAUACCAAUAGCAUUCAAUUACCCGGCCUUGAAGAUGAUGCCGACGAUGAGGAAGAAGACAAAAUUCAGACCUUGGAAACUUUCGUCCGGGAGGAACCAGACGAAAUAGACGAGAUGGUUUGGGAAAGUAACAAAAGAUAUCGACAAAGAGCUCGCGAAUUCAAUUGGAACCUUCUUCUUGGCAUCCUACAUCCAGUUUACAUGGACCAAAAGAUUCGAACAAAAAAUUGGUGCUCAGACAACUCUUACGACAACUUCUCCGGUAUUAGCACCCUCGCAGAUGACACCAAUGCCGUCGGAAUUGAAGAAGAUCUUGUUGACCAAUUACAACUGUCUAACAUGACUCGUUUAAACAAGGCAAGAAUAAUUAAAGGAGAGUUGAUGGAUCGACUGAAGGAACACGCCGCAUUAGUGGAAGGAUGGUUGGAAGACUUCUUGUGGCUAUCACAACGCUGCCAGCGAAUUGAACACCAAUCCUUCAUUACCCAUUGGACGGAACUUUUGAUCCGAAUUGAGCAAGACCAAAUCGGAAACUCCAUCAAUGAAUACAACAUCGAUGAGGCUUUAGAAGAUUUGGUAUUGGAAGAAGUUGUUGACAAUGGCGAGGAGGUGGAUGAUGGAUUAAUUGAAACUGAUCAGGUCGGUGGGGAGGACAACAUGUUGGCUGGUGGUUUAAACACUGUUGGUGUAGGGGCAUCAUAG